UACUUCUCAUAAGAUUCAAAAAUGUUGUUUCAAGCACUAGCUAUCAUCUUCAUCACACUCUCAUUCAUUGUUUUUGUGUUUCAAAACAAACAUCAUGGAAGAGCUGCACCAGGUCCCAAACCCUUGCCAAUUAUUGGUAACCUUCACAUGCUGGGAAAACUCCCACAUCGGAGCCUUCAAUCUCUUGCCACAAAAUAUGGUCCCAUAAUGUCCUUAAAGCUAGGGCAGGUCCCAGCCAUAGUUGUUUCUUCCCCACAAACUGCAGAACUGUUCCUGAAAACCCAUGACACUGUUUUUGCCAGCAGACCCAAAAUCCAAGCCUCAGACUUUCUUUGUCAUGGCAGCAAGGGUUUGGCUUUUUCUGAGUACAGUGCAUACUGGCGCAACGCCAGGAAAGUGUGCACUCUGCAGCUUCUGAGUGCCUCAAAGGUCGAAAUGUUUGGUCCUCUGAGGAGAGAGGAGUUGGGAGUGUUGGUGAAGUCGCUCAAAAAUUCUGCAGAAUCAGGUGAAGUUGUGGAUCUGAGUCAGUUGCUGGGGGAGCUUAUGGAGAACAUCGUGUUCAAAAUGGUGUUGGGACGUGACAAAGAUGAUAGAUUUGACUUAAAAUGGCUGAUUUACGAGGUGAUGAACUUGGUUGGAGCUUUCAAUCUUGCAGAUUACAUGCCCUGGCUUGGGGUGUUUGAUCCUCAGGGAUUAACCAGAAGAUUAAAGAAAUUAACCAAGUUAUUCGACGAGUUUUUGGAGAAGAUAAUCCAAGAACACGAGAGUAAUCCAUAUGACAAAGACAAAAACCGCAACAUGGACUUUGUGGACAUUUUGCUGUCACUCAUGUACCAACCCAGUGAUCUUCAAAAUCACCAAAAUGCCAUUGAUAGAACAAACGUGAAAGGUAUCAUAUUAGAUAUGAUCACUGCAGCAUUUGACACCUCUUCCACUACAGUAGAGUGGGCCAUGUCACAACUCUUGAGACAUCCAGCUGUCAUGAAGAGACUUCAGCAAGAGCUUACACAUGUGGUCGGAAUGAAAAGACAAGUGGAGGAAAAUGACUUGGAAAAGUUAUCCUAUUUGAACAUGGUGGUGAAGGAAACGCUAAGGUUACACCCAGUUGCACCUUUGUUAUUACCUCGCGAAUGUAGAGAAGAUGUCACUGUUGAUGGUUAUUUCAUAAAGAAAAAAUCAAGGGUUAUAAUAAAUGCUUGGGCUAUAGGGCGAGAUCCUAAAGUUUGGGACAAGUCAGAGAUUUUCGAUCCUACAAGGUUUGAAAAUAAUAACAUAGACGUUCGUGGAAAGGACUUUCGGAUUUUACCAUUUGGGUCGGGUCGAAGAGGGUGCCCUGGGAUUCAUUUGGGUUUGACCACUAUUAGUCUUGUUUUGGCUGAAUUGGUGCAUUGUUUUGAUUGGGAGCUUCCAUUGGGCGUGUCUUGUGAUGAGUUGGACAUGGAAGAGAUAUUUGGACUCACCACACCAAGAAAGAAACAUUUACUCACUAGACCAGUUUAUCGACUAGCCCUUUAAGUUGAGAGAAGGUUGAUUUCAAUUCCAAUUUAAGACAUGUGACAUAUUUAACAAUAUGAUAAAAUAAUUUGAACAAUGUUUUUGGAUUUAUGUGAUCAAGUGUUUUAUCCGGUCAAUGGUUUAAGUGUAACUAUUUUUGUUUGUCAUAAUCAAAGACAAUGUGAAAAUAUA